UAAUAUAUAUAUAUAUUUUUAUAUAUAUAUAUAUAUAUAUAUAUAUAUAUAUAUAUAUAUAUAUAUAUUACAAUGACAUGCAAUGCUUCAAAUAGUCAUAAAAUAUUAACUUUAUUUGCAUAUUAUUUAAUGUUCUCUGCCUGUUUACAUUCAUCUGAUAGCGUCAACAAAAAAAAUCACUAACAAAAUGACUGCAUAAUAAAGAUCUGUAAUAUUUAGCAAUAGGCGAUAAUAAUGUAAAAUUGAAAGAGUUUAUUGAAGCAAAUGUUUUGGAAGGAAAACUGAACAAAUAAAUAAUGUUUAAUAAUUACACAAAAAAUACAUUUUAUUGCAAAAAACAUUAUGCAUUGUAAACGGCUAAAUACUGAUCUAAUGCGUGUUUACACUAACUAUAAUAACUAUAAACAGUUUCAAUUACUCUGAUGCAAUGAAUUAAGUAGACAUAAUUUUAUGGAUUCUAUUAUUUAGUGGAAUUUAAUGCUGGACUGGUAACGUAAAAAGAAGAAAAGCAUAGUGAAAGCCUCCUGAACAAUAUUCAAAAAUUGCUUCAAUUUAAAUGUUUUUUGUUGUUGUUUUGUUUUGGGGUUUUUUUUUAAGGAAAACAUUUGUAGCUAAUAUAGAUUUGUUCUGGAGAUUAACGUGUGAAAUAACUGAUAAAGAAUAAAUUGAGUUGUAGAUUUGAAUAUAUCUAUAUAUAUAUAUAUAUAUAUAUAUAUAUAUAUAUAUAUAUAUAUAUAUAUAUAUAUAUAUAUAUAUACACACACGGCAGAAAGAGCAGACGGUGUCCUGAUAAAUCUGUUCUCUCAUUUCUGUUCUCUGUUGGUGUGAUGGGUCUGAGCUUCCAGUUCCGGCUGGAUGUCUGCUCGCCUUGGGACGCAAGUUUGCUUUAGUUAAAAAUAUUUAUAUUCCUCAAAAGCAGAGUACCAUAUUAUCUGGCCAUGUUUUGUACUAUGACAUUAAACCUUUAGGUUGCACAAAUAACAUGAUAAUGAAAAUAAAAUACUGUAGACUAAAGAUGAUAUUUUAUUUAGAAUUUGAAGAGUAUUUUUUUUAGUAAAAUUAAAAACAUGAUUAAAUACAUUAAUGUAUUUAUUAUUAUUAUUAUUAUUAUUAUUAUUAUUAUUAUUAUUAUUAUUAUUAUUAUUAUUAUUAUUAUUAUUAUUUUAUUUUUUAUUUUUUUGUGGAAAUUUAAUUGUCAAUUUGUUAUUUCACUUUUCCAGGAGAGAACGUGAAUUUCCCUUUAAAAUUUGCCGAAUUUUAUUUUUGUUUUAUUCAAUUGAUCUUGAACAGUGUGUUCGUCAGUCCUCUCGGAGCUCUGUGUGUUUCACCCGGGACUGAUGCAUGUAUCCGCUGAUCGAUGGGAGGAGGUGUUCCCUGGCUGGAUCCCAUAUUAAUGAAGUUAAUGGUGCAGCUCCGGUGACAGCCGACUGCUGCAGACCAAUCAGAGCGCUCUGCGAUGGAAGGCUGCGCGUUUGAGGCGCUGCACGCACGAUCCGUUUGAAGAACCAUGUCAGCUCCUCUUCUGACCUAAACCCGGGACACCUUUCGCUUUUCAUCUCCUUCCACCUCCCAGAGACACCUGUCAAAAAAACAUGCCCGGCGCGACUCCGUCCUGCGUGGAUGUUUGCCUCUCGAGCGGCGCGUUGGAUUCAAGCGGGGAAUUGCUCCGGUUUUCCUUUGCUUUCUGACAGAAACUCAUGAAUUCCUCCUCAGAGCGGCAGCUUUAUGGACUCGCGCAUUAGCUAAAUGAUGUCUAUGGGUUUCAUGCCCGACAGUGUGAACGGCUCCGAUCCCUCCAAGUCGGCCUUCCUGGAGUUCGGCCACGGACACCCGGCGCACCAGCAGCACUCCCCGGGACUCUCACACAUUUACCCCGUGCACGGCCUCCACGCUGCGGGACAUUCUCAGCACGAAGGUCCCUUUCCUGGCAGCGCGUCCUACGGCCCCCCGCUGGGAUACGCCUACCCGGCCACGGUGAACGCUCACCCGCCGUCCGCUUACAUGUCAUCCUACCAGCACAGCAGCCACAACAGCGGCGGUCUGAACCACAGCAGAUUAGAGAGGACAGAUCCCAACAAACCCGGCAUGACUGAGAGCAGGGACGUCCGUCUGGUGAACGGCAAGGGGAAAAAGAUGCGGAAGCCUCGGACCAUCUACUCCAGCCUGCAGCUGCAGGCUCUGCACCAGCGCUUCCAGCAGACCCAGUAUCUGGCUCUGCCCGAGCGCGCCGACCUGGCUGCCAAACUGGGCCUCACGCAGACUCAGGUGAAAAUAUGGUUUCAGAAUAAACGCUCCAAGUACAAGAAGAUCAUGAAACAUGGCGGAGGCUCAGAGGGGGAGCACCUCCACAGCUCCAGCUCCAUCUCCCCCUGCUCCCCGGCCUUACCCCAGCUCUGGGAGGUCUCCAUGGCGACCAAAGGAGCCCAGAUGCACCCGAACAAUUACAUGAACAGCUUUGGCCACUGGUACCCGAACCACCACCACCAUCCUCACCAGGACGCCAUGCAGAGGCCGCAGCUGAUGUGAAGUGAACAGGCGACUUGAACUCAUUUGUCCUGAGGAUGAACUUUGCGGUUGCUCGUGCGCGUGCGAUUUGACUUCAGGUUUUUUUUUUGCUGCGAAAUUCAAAGUCACGCAGCAAAAAAGUACAUCUAUAUGUUUUCAAGCGUCAUCCUGCACGGCCUCACGUCCUUAGAAUGUGGAGUUUGUGUUUGAAGCUGAACUAGACACUGCAUAAAGGAACUGUCGUGAAAA